AUGCCAGGUGGUCCUCCAGGGCAGAUCACACACGGCAAGUCGUCUUCUGGAGCCAAUUCCACGUCCAGACCAUCUUCACCUGACCGUCCAGGCAUACCAGCAUCUCCAGGAUUGCCGUCCUCACCAGGUGGGCCAGGAUUACCUGGCAUACCACUGGGACAGUUGAGUGGGUUACAUCCUUGGCAGAUCUGUCGUUCCCAAGGGUUUCUUUUAGUCCUAGCUGAGAAGAAAAUGGCAUUUUUGGCUAGUUCACCGGUCUUGGGAUCAUGGACUGACACAGCUGGAUUGGGGUGCAAUUCAGACCAGAUCUUGUUGGUUUCCAGCCGGAAAUUGUUGGCUUUUUGUUCGAUAAAGUACUUGUGGUCAUUGGCACGACUGAACAAAAGUGGUACUGAUACUAGUAGAGAGAUGGUCGUGAUGGCACUUAUAGCUGUUGUAGCCAAGGCAAAAUGGUAA